AUGACAGCGGCGGAGGAGGGGAGGACGGUGCUCGUCGGCGUCCAGAUCGACGGCAACGGCCGUGAGGUGCUCGACUGGGCGCUCAGCAGAGUUGCCCAGGCGGGCGACUCCGUGAUCGCCGUCCACGUCUCCCGCGACUCGAGCGCCGCCGCCGCCGUCCCCCUGGACGGCUUCCUGGCGGAGUACGAGAAUUUCUCCAAGCUAAAGCAGGUGGGUCUGACUUUCUCCAUCUCCUCCUCGUUUCUUCACCCCACCCUUUUCUUGAAUUGAUGGGGGAGACGGUGGUCACCGACGGAUUUCAGGUGGUUCUCGUGGGGAAGGUCGCGAAGGGGAGCUCCAUAAGAAAGACCCUGGUCAAGGAGGCGAGGCUCUGCUCCGCGGGGGCCGUGGUGGUCGGCGUGAACAAGGGGACCCCUUUCGGGUAGGGAAUCAAGCUGCUCACCUUCCUUCCUUCCUUCUUCCUCUCUCUGCUCCAUGGCCGUCGCCGACGAGCGCUCUGCCGGCCGUUCUAAAACGGAGAUUUCUCGCAGGGGCACCGUCUCGGUGGCCAAGUACUGCGCCAAGAAACUGCCGCCGGCCACAUCUCUGGUCGCCAUUCGCAACGGCAAGGUCAUCUUCGAGAGGGAGACCUCCAAACCGAUCCCUGGUCAGCCCCUCUCCAUCCCUCCCUCUCUCCCUUCUUCCCUCCUUCCUCUUCACAAGCUCAUGCUGGUAGGGUUUCUGUUGACAUGCAGUGUGGGAUCCAAAGACAAGCCUCCGGAGUCUGCUACGACCCAGUGCCGGCGCCGACUCGAAGGCCGCGGCCGUAGUCCCCUCCGGCGACGGCGAGGCCGAGAAUCCGCAGCAGGAGCAAGCAGCGGAGGACGAAGCUGAGCCCGGCUCGGUCACGGUUCUGGUGAGGAAGCUGCCGGAGAGGACGCCGGGUUGGCCCCUCCUCAGAAAGGCGUCGUCGGUGACGAAUUCCAGGCUCCGGGGAGAGGGCGAUGGCCGGAAGAUGUCAGUGGUUCAGUGGGUCAUGCAGCUUCCAGACAGAUCCGGGCAACCGGAGUCGCCCCCUGUUGGAAUACCGUCGAGUCCGUCUUCACUGGCUGGCCUGCGCGGCGAGCUUGAGGCCAUCCUCGAGAAGAAUUCCUCCGGUUGCAGGUGGUUCACCGAUGCAGAGCUCCAAAGCUGCACUGAUCACUUCUCGUCAGGUUCUUCCCCUUCCUUUCCCCUUCGCUGCAAAACUUCAUAAACUUCAUCCCGACUAACGAUUUGUUCCUCAUCCGGCGCCGGAAACAGAGAACCUGAUCGGAAAAGGAGGCGCCGGCAGGGUGUACAAGGGCUGCCUCCCCGGCGGCGAGCGGGUGGCGGUGAAGAUCUCGAAUUCCUCUGCGGAGGCGACGAGGGACUUCGUCUCCGAGGUGGACAUCGUCACCUCGCUGCGGCACCACAGCGUCGUCUCCCUGGUCGGGAUCGGCGUCCAAGACGGGGCCCUUGUCUCCGUCUACAGGCAUUUCUCCAGGGGGAGCUUGGAAGAGAACCUCCACGGUGAGCCUAGUUCCUCUCGCUUCCCCAAUUUUUCUCUUUCUCCAUCUUCCUGUUCUUGAUCGAUCCGUCUGACGCAGGCAAGAGAUGCAAGCCUCCGCUGCCGUGGGAGAGCAGAUUCAAUAUCGCCCUCGCCAUUGCCGGGGCGCUCCACUACCUCCACAGCUCCUCUUCUCGUCCCGUCAUUCACAGGGACGUCAAGUCUUCCAACAUCCUCCUUUCCAACGAUCUCCAGGCCCAGGUACUACUCCCCCAUCUCCUCCACCACCACCACCAUAGUUUCUCUUCUUCCUCUGAGAUCUGUCUCCUCGGUCUGCAGUUGUCCGACUUUGGGCUUGCUAUGUGGGCGCCGACGGGCUCGUCGUACGUAUCUCAGGGCGACGUGGUGGGCACCUUCGGGUACCUCGCUCCAGAGUAUUUCAUGUACGGGAAGGUCAGCGAGAAGAUCGACGUGUACUCGUUCGGCGUCGUCCUCCUCGAGCUGGUCACCGGCCGGAAACCCAUCAGCGACGACCACUCCAAGGGCCAGGGCAGCCUCGUCAUGUGGGUAAGCCUCCUCCUCCACCACCGCCGCCUCCAAACGAGCUUCUUCAUCCAAUCCUUCUGACCUUCCCCUCCUUCCUGCGCAGGCGACAAUGAUGAUGGAGCGAGGAGGGGAGGUGCUCUCCUUGCUGGAUCCAGACCUCGAAGGUAACUACGACGAGGAUCAGGCCCGAAGAGUGGUCUUCGCGGCGUCCCUCUGCCUAAGAAGGUCGGCCCGUCUUCGGCCCCCAAUGGGCGAGGUGAGCGAGCCUGGCCAUGGAAUGAAGAAUUGACUGCUCUGUUAGCUUUCUUCUUCGGACUGACUGAAUGACUGACCUGCGGCAGGUUCUGAGGCUGCUCCGAGCGGAGGAGGGCAUGGAAGCAUGGAGAGCCGCCGCCGCCGUCGCUGAAGAGGGAUCGGAGGAUCAGGGCGACGAGGAGGUGUACCCGCCGUCGAGCGUAGCGUCCCACCUCGGCCUCGCCCUGCUCGACGUUGACGACGGCGCCUCCGUCAGCAGCGCUGACCCAAGCUGCUACCAGGUCUCCCUGGAGGAGUACCUCAAAGGAAGAUGGAGUCGCUCGUCCAGCUUCGAUUAG